AUGUCAUGUAUCUAUCAAAGCGAGGGCGUUGUGUCGGAGGAAGGUGCAAAUCCGUUUCUCGAGCACCUUCCCCCUGAUACGCCCGUCUAUCGUUACGGCCGACAGUGCAGUAUUGAGAGCCUCCUUCCUCCGUAUCCGGUCGAGGAUCGCUUCAUCGUCUUAAAACAUUUCCCGCCGGAUAUAUUCGCCAAAUACGAGGAAGAAUUACCACAACGCUGUGAUUAUUCGCCACCACUCCAGAUCCUUAUCAUCGAAAUAUCUAGUCUACCGCACGAGGAGGCGGCUGUCAGUCUCGAGGCAAUGAUUAUGUUACUUGCUGAGAAGAUGCAAGUCUUUCGACGAACUGCAGGCUGUGGAGCUACUCGAAUCGAUACUCCUGGCCGGAGCAAGCAGGCAGACCGGUCAUGGAAGCCAGCCCGCCAAGGGAGGGAAUUUCCAACGAAAAAGGAUAUCGCUUGGUGGAUCAACGAAUCGAAAGGCGAAGUGAGAAUGGGGGCCACGAUUGACAUCAAAAGAAGAUCCGGCUGCAUUGAAAUCAAAUCCUGGACCCCAGCAUUCGAGUCAUCACUGCACCGUGACUAUAUCUCAGUAAGCGGCUGCCACAUCGUCAAAAGACACGCCAAUAAUCUCCCACCACCUCAAACCCAAGGUUUUCAAUUGAUCGUGAUGCUGGCUGGCGAUUACGAUGGCCUUUACGAUACCUACAUCUUCAUGAAUUUCGUUGCCGGCGAAACACUCCACACAGCUUGGGACACUUUCACACCAGGUUCUCAGCUAAGCCCAAAAUGA